CGAUUACCUUAGAAUCUAAAUGAACGCAUCUUUUCCCUCUGAUAGUCGACAUACUUCCGGUAAAAGCGGAUAGAAUAAUAGACAGCAUUUACGCCGGUUCUCUUCUUUCCCCAGAGAUAUAAUAUCAGAGACUCAAGUUCAGGAUAUUGUACAACAUUAUAAACAUUGAAGAAUGCCUUCGGUGAAGGGUGGGUUAUUUUGAAAUUUCUCCCAUUUUAGAAAUGGCUGUCUAAAUCUGAAAAGUUACCCUUGUUUUCCGUUUUGCAAUACCUUCCGUACUUAUUGGAAUGAUUCGAUUUGUACCAGAUGAAUGCAUCGUUUUCAGCCUGAGUUCAAACUGUCGGACUUCUACCCUGGGCAGCCGUUGGGGAUGUGUGCAACCGUGGCUCAAACUCUGCCUAAAACAGCACUUUUGCAACCACUGUGGCCUUGUUGCACUGGUCAAUGGGCUGCUUUGGCAGCAAGAACAAAUGGGAUAUAAAACUCCCGCCUCCCAGAAUCCCUGACCUGACAGACGACGAUCUGGUGAAUGUGCGGGAAUUGUGGGAUUUGUUUUGUAAACUGGAACGCUACGACGACAUCGCCCUACAACUAUUUAUAAGUUUAUUCCACCAUCACCCUGAAGCUGUGGACUACUUCCAAUCCGGCAAGUCAGCGAAAAAGAAAUCCACGGACGCUGACUGGAUCAUCUGGCACGCUCGGUUGUCCAUGAUGGUGGUCAACUCGGCCGUUAUGCAACUGGACAGUCCGGAAGACGUGAGGCACAUGCUACUCGACAUGAGAGACCGCCAUAGGCUAGCAAACGGACCCCAACUUGUCCAUUUCGAGCAACUAAUGAAGGACAUGGACAAAAUGAUGCAGGACCGUGUCAACAAACGCAUCUUGUCCCCAGAGGCCAAAGAGUCGUGGAGAAGGUUCCUCCUAGUUUUCUUCGGUUUCAUCACAAAAGACGGACUGCUCCAGCCCGCAGGGCAAAGCGUAAUUAAACGUAAAAAGAAAGAAAAAGAACCCCAACCCGAACAGACAGAACUGGAAGAACAAGAAGAGACCAUGUCUGUGAUUCUAGAAGAAGAAGAUUAAUUUCAAUUGACGUUACCGGUAAAGAAAGCCAGAUAAUUAUGGUUUUGCUAUGAUAAUAUUAUGAGGAACUCUGUUGUGUGGGUGAAAAAAUCUUAACCCUAUCCGUCAUUUUGUACCCCCGGGGUUG